AUGAUUUCCACUUCGGUUAUCAUUAAUCCCGAUUGGUCAUCACCUUUUGAAGUGAUGUGUGAUGCAAGCGGUACGGCACUAGGUGUUGUGUUGGGGCAAAAACGCAAUAAGCUAUUCCACUCCAUUUACUAUGCAAGCAAAACUCUGAAUGGUGCUCAACAUAACUAUACAGUUACGGAGCAAAAAAUACUUGUGCUGGUAUAUGCAUUUGAGAAGUUUCGAGCAUACUUUCUAGGUACCAAAGUGGUUAUUCAUACAGAUCACGCUGCUCUGCGGUAUGUGAUGGCAAAUAAAGAUGCCAAGCCAAGAUUAAUAAGGUGGGUGCUGCUAUUGCAAGAAUUUGACUUUGAAGUCAAAGACAGAAGAGGUUGUGAAAAUCAGGUGGGUGACAACCUAUCAAGGUUAGAAGGCAAGGAGAAUGAUGAGCUAAAGGUAGACAUAAACGAUGCCUUUCCCGAUGAACAUGUAUUCACGGAGAUGUGUACCGGAGGAGGAAUUCAACGAAAUUCUCCAAGCGUGUCAUGCUCACCGGUUGAUGGUCAUUAUGGUGGGGUGCGUACAAUUGCUAAAAUUCUUCAAAGUGGUUUCCACUGGCCAUCUCUUUACAAAGAUUCUCAUGAGUUUGUUAAUAAGUGCACUCAAUGUCAAAAACAAGGUGGAGUAUCUAUAAGACAUGAGCUGCCCCUCAAGGCUAUUCUGGAGGUUGAGUUGUUUGAUAUUUGGGGAAUAGUUUUCAUGGGUCCAUUUAUGAGUUCGUUUGGCAAUACGUACACUUUGGUGGCAGUAGACUAUGUUUCUAAAUGGGUAAAAACUGUGGCACUACCAAACAAUGAAGGGAGAAGUAUUGUUCAGUUCCUAAAAUGCUACAUCUUUGCUAGGUUCGACACUCCUCGGGUUAUUAUUAGUGAUGGUGGAUCCCAUUUUUGCAAUAGGCUUUUUGCGUCCGCAUUGAGCAAAUAUGGGGUUGAACUAAAACAAAAAGAAUUAUGGGCAUUAAAGGCUCUGAAUCUGCACUGGGCAAGGACUUCAAAAGGAAGAGUAGAUCACAUCAAUGAAUUGGAUGACUUCAGGUUUAGGGCUUAUGAAAGUAUAGCACUCUACAAGGAAUAG